AUGGCCUCCCGCUUGGCGCGAAGCGCUGCCGGCGCCGCUCCUUACCUCCGACCUACCAUCGCCCGCCGAGCCUUCCCUGCUCUGGCUGCCGCCCGCCAUGCGAGCACCAGCAAUGUGCCGGCCGAGGAGCCCAAGAAGAAGGCGCAGAGCAUUCUCGACAGCCUUCCCGGCAACAGCCUUUUGAGCAAGACGGCCAUCCUCAGCUCCGGCGCCGGCCUCAGCAUCUACGCCCUCAGCAGCGAGUACUACGUCAUGAACGAGGAGACGGUCAUCGCCGUCUGCCUGCUCUCCAUCUGGGGCGGCCUCAUCAAGUAUGGCGGCCCGGCCUACAAGGAGUGGGCGCAGAGCCAGAACGACAAGAUCAAGAACAUUCUCAACUCGGCCCGCGCCGACCACACCGAGGCCGUCAAGACCCGCAUCGAGGGCGUCAAGCAGAUGAGCGGCGUCGUCGACAUCACCAAGGCCAUGUUUGAGGUUUCCAAGGAAACCGCCAAGCUCGAGGCUCAGGCUUUCGAGCUCGAGCAAAAGACUGCUUUGGCCGCCGAGGCCAAGACCGUCCUCGACUCCUGGGUCCGCUAUGAGGGCCAGGUCAAGCAGCGCCAGCAGAAGGAGCUCGCCCAGUCCAUCAUCGCCAAGGUCAAGAAGGAGCUCGAGAACCCCAAGGUUCUGCAGCAGAUCCUGCAGCAGAGCGUCGCUGACGUCGAGAAGAUCGUCAGCUCCAAGGCCCAAUAA